AGAGAGAGAGAGAGAGAGAGAGAGAGGACAAAAGUUUAGUGAAGGAAUGUGAGUUAGUUUGAAGGCGGAAUAAAGACGUCCUGAUGGAAGAGAACAUAAGUAAAACAACAUAACUUGGAAAACUCUGGAGCGCUUCAUAGUUUUUACCUCAGGCACUUCGAUUCUUUGAGGAUUAAAAAGAAAGAAGCAAUUUUUUUAAGGAAAUCAGUUUACCGUGCAUCUUUCAUGCUGCAUGUAGCUGUCAACAGAUUGACAACUUCGUUUUCUUACCUUCAGUCUGUGGAUAUUGCUUUUUAUUAUUCAUUUCUCUUGGAGUUUACUGACUUCGCUUCUCCGCUGAAGUAAAAGCGCAGACUACAGCGAUGAGAUGAUGCGAUCCGAGUCCACUGUCACUCAUUUACAAAACCCGAACCGGAGCCGCCCGAAACCGAACCAAACAAUGAGCAAAACUCCUCAUUUAUUAACACUGUGCUUCAUGAUACUGAUGCGCAUCAGCUCAGCGGUACACGCGUCAGGACUACACUUUUCGGAGAGCCCAAUGAACGUGACUUCCUCCCUUGGUAAACCCGUGGUACUUCAGUGUACCCUGCAGGGGGACAGCAUGGACCAAGAUGCUCCGGAUGUGUUCUGGCUGAGGGAUGGAGAGCAGCUGGAUUUUGCCGACACCAACCAGGUGCAGAUGCCUGAAGAAGACAACAGUUGGCUGGUUAUCAGUAACCUCAAGAUUCAGGAGGUAAAGCUUUCAGACAUGGGUGCCUAUCAAUGUGGUGUUUAUUAUGGUUCAGAGGAGGUAUUAUCCAUUGAAGGACAUAUCCAGUUAGAAGGUCUCCCCCAUUUCUCAGUGGAGCCUCAGCACAUGUCAGUCGUGGCAAACGUUGGACUGAGUUUGCACUGCGUGGCUCACGGUCCUCCUGAACCUGUCCGGGUCAUCUGGCUGCAAGACGGGGCUCCUCUUAAUAACCUGAAUGACCCAAUAUCCCUCUCACCUUCAACACUCAACCUCACAGGCUUGAACAAAACCAGUUCUUUCUCCUGUGAGGCUCAUAAUCGUAAAGGUGUGGCAUCAUCUGGCACGGGUGUUGUGACUGUUCUUCCCGGCCGUCCUUAUGACAUUCACGCUGAAGAGAUCACUAAUUCAAGUAUUCAUCUGUCAUGGAUGACGGGCUUUGGAGGAAUCUAUCCCAUAAGCCACUGCACUGUUCAGGUUAAGUCUUCAGAAGACUCCAAUGAGAGGACGGACAGUGUCGAAGCGCUAAACAGCAGUCACCUGAUCUCAAAUCUAAAACCCUUCAGCCAAUAUGACUUCAGAGUAGCCUGCCAGAACAGCCAGGGUGUCUCUGAUUGGACGGCAUGGGAAACUAUCAGCACCAAUGAAGGGGUUCCAGAUUCGGCCCCAGAGAACGUGACAGCUAUGUUGAAUGGGACAGAGGUUCGACUGAGUUGGUCCCAACCUUCUGGAAGGAUUAAUGGCCAACUGCAGGGAUACGUGAUGGAGUACAACGCACCUAAUAUGGAACAGGUCAUGGUAGACACGGGUCUGGAAAAUGAAGUGUUUGUCAAUCUCUCGGCCCCUCUAUCAAACGUUUCCUUCAGAUUAUGUGCAUACACCGGUGCGGGGCAGGGACCCUGGACGCCCCUUCAAACCAUCACACUCAUCCCUGCAGAAAUGCCACUUCACUCCAGAGGUGUCUCAACUCCUGCAGCUUUCUCCUGGCACUGGUGGUAUGUGGUAAUGGCCAUUGCGGUCGCCAUUGCUCUAUCUGUGCUUCUGGCUGUAUAUGUGACGAGGCUCAGGCGGAAGGAGACACGUUUUGGUGAGGCAUUUGAGCCCAUGAUGGAGAGCGGUGAACUGGUGGUUCGGUAUCGAGCUCGACGCACAUACAGCCGACGCACCACUGAAGCUACACUAAACUCUCUCGGGAUAAGCGAUGAGCUCAAACAAAAGCUACAGGACGUGAUGGUGGACAGACAUAAACUAACACUGGGAAAAACAUUGGGCGAAGGUGAGUUUGGCUCUGUUAUGGAGGGUUCACUCACUCAGGAGGAUUCAGUGCUCAAAGUGGCUGUUAAGACCAUGAAAAUUGCUAUCUGUACUCGCACUGAAAUGGAGGACUUUCUAAGAGAGGCAGCGUGUAUGAAAGAGUUUGACCAUCACAACGUCAUGAGGCUUCUGGGUGUGUGUUUACAGACAGUUGAGAGUGAAGGCUACCCAUCUCCUGUUGUUAUUCUUCCCUACAUGAAGCACGGAGACCUUCACAGUUACCUGCUUUACUCUCGACUCGGUGACUCUCCUGUGUUUCUGCCCUCUCAGAUGCUGGUGAAGUUCAUGACAGACAUCGCCAGAGGUAUGGAGUACCUGAGCCGCAAAAACUUCAUUCAUAGAGACCUGGCAGCUCGAAACUGCAUGUUAAAUGAGAACAUGAAUGUGUGUGUGGCUGACUUUGGCCUUUCUAAGAAGAUCUAUAAUGGAGAUUACUACAGGCAAGGACGAAUCUCUAAAAUGCCCGUCAAGUGGAUUGCCAUCGAGAGCCUGGCAGACAGAGUUUACACCACAAAGAGUGACGUGUGGUCAUUUGGAGUGACUAUGUGGGAGAUAGCCACUCGAGGUCAGACGCCGUAUCCUGGAGUGGAAAACAGUGAAAUCUAUGAUUAUUUGAGGCAGGGCAACCGUCUUAAACAACCACCAGACUGCCUAGACUGCAUCUACUCCCUUAUGUUCUCCUGCUGGCUACUAAGCCCGAAGGACAGGCCGAGCUUUGAGAUCUUGCGCUGCGAGCUCGAAAAGGUCCUGGAAGAUCUGCCGAGCCAAGACCCGGAUGAGAUACUCUACGUCAACAUGGAGGAGUCCUCCGGAGAGCUGGGGGCCGUGGGGGGCCGUGACCCCACAAUGGGGCUCCCGUGUGCACUCGGGGCACUGAAAGGUUCUGGCACGGUGGCCACUGUCGAAGUGCACCAUCCUAAUCGUUACGUGAUCUGUCCUCAACAUGAGAACCAGCGCCUGCUCAAUGCAGACUCUGUAGAGAGUCUUAACCUGAUGGGUUCGGUACCCACCCCUGUACUUCAGCCCUCUUCCUGCUCCACUCCAGUGCCGCCCUCUGAAAAUCAAUUUCAAGAGGAGAGAGACAGUCUAGCGGGCAAGAAAUUGCCCUGGCAGUGAUGACUAAAACUAAAGACAUGCUGACUUUAAUGAAGAGCUAAGAUAUUGCUCCGAUCUCUUAACUUUGCACAAAAAUUCAACACACUCCAGACAUUCGGUGUUUAAUGAAACAGUUCACCCAGGAAUAUUGUUCCUUGUUUAAAUAUUCACACAGCUUUUUCACACAAGAAUGAAUCGAGUGUUUAAAAGACAGCCUGAGAUUUAAGAUGUUAUUCAACUUUGGGUACAAUGCUUGGUUACACCAGGUUUUACAGCUUAAAUUGAUGCUUGUGUGCAGUUUUAGCAGAAGGGAAACGUUAAAUCAUAUUUUAGAUAUAAUGAUCAUUCCCCUCAUAUUGUUGUUUUUAUUUAGUGUAGAUAUUGAUGGGUCAAGAUGGAAGUUUUUACUUUGUCUACUCAGACCGAAAACGAAAUGCAACAUAAAUAAUGCAUCCAGUAACACAGCUUGUUAAAGAGAUGUGUGCUAUUUAGUUUUUUUCAUUUAGGGGUUGAUCAGUCAUUAUCAUCAUAGAGGCUUGGGGUGAUCACGUUUUAUUGAAACACCUAGCAAUGCCUUAAAAAUGAAGUACAAUACCCUAGCAACUUGUAACCUCAGCUUUUGCAAUGGGUUAGGACAAAAAUGUAUUAUAGUUUUGUUUAAUUUUAGUUUAGUUUAGCACUUACAUUGCGUCACAGCUGGAUAAAACAUAAUGGGGUGGUUUCCCGGACAGGGAUUAGACUAGUCCUAGACUUAAACACUUUUAAGAGCUCUCCAAACUGAAAACAUCUUGCACUGACAUAUCUUAAAAUACAUCAGUGCCCUUUGUUUUAUCUCAAAAUGCACACAGGUAAUGUUUUUAGUAAGGCAUGUUUGUUAAAACUAGUUAUAUUUCCUAAUUAAACUCAGGCCUAGUCCUGGAUUAAGCUAAUCCUGGUCCGGGAAACCGCCCCAAUAUUAGUUUCAAAGCCCAUAUUCCAGAAAAGCAUGCACAUCAACCAAACUCAACCUUAUGAGAUUUAUACAAGUUAAACCAAGCAAAUCAGACUAGUUAAAGGGAUAGUUCACCCAAAAAAGAAAAUUCUGUUGUCACUUUCUCCUUAUCGUGUUGUAAACAUGCAUGAAUUUAUUUUUUCUGAUGAACACAAAAUAAGAUAUUUUGAUAAAUAAUUGUAAACACACAGCUGCAAAAGUACUUAAUAUAUAAUUUUAUAUUUUAUAUUUUGGCCAGGAAAAAUAUAUUUUUUUGCCCUAUGGGUUGUACAAAUAGAAAUGUAUUUGUUGCCCCUGAAAUAUUUGCUAAUAUAUAAAGGUUAAAACAAAAUAUAUUUUCAAAUAAAAAGAAAUAUUUAAUUAAGCUUUAUUUUCUACAAAAUGUAUUUAGCAUAUAUUCAAAACAUAUUUUUGGCCUAAGAAAUAUGGGUGUCCUUACCAUCAUUUAUCACAAUAUUUCCAUAAUAUUUGUUUUUCCUACUAUGGAAGUCAAUGGAUAGACUGUAAAAAAAGGUUGGACGACACCCGUUCGCUCUCUUCCAUUGGUGAAAGUAAAGCCGUCAGUGUCCCGAUAUGGCGCUGACAUCUGGGGGCUUGAGUCUGCGCAGUAGCGAUUUCGGGACCAGUCCUGCGCAGUAGUGAGCAGGCAGUAAAGCCUCGAAAGCAAGGCCCCGCCCUCACUCUCGCAGAAUGUGCAUAUCACAGCUGUCAAUCAUGACAUGACACCACCGUUUUUAUAGCAUUAAAUAACGAACUAAAAACAAACUUAUUUUAAAAACACUUGAAUUUACAUCAGCGUGAUAAAAACUACAGUAAAUGACACAAAGCAGCUUCGGAAAAAAGAUAAUUGAAGUGUAAUUAAAUUGUUUAGUUUGUCUCAAGUCCUAUUGAAUAACAUGGGGAGGCGGGGUUUAUGACCUAUACUGGGACCAGUCACUGGGGCAUGAUCGAGAUGUUUUGGCUUCACUUAUCAGGGCUUGUGUGGCACGCUUGAUGGAUAUAAUCAGCUCUGUCCUUAUCAUCUUUUAUCGAAAUAUCUUCUUUUGUGUUCAUCAAAAUAAAAUAAAAACUCAUACAGGUUUAGAACAAAAUACAGAUGAGAAAAUUGUGACAUAAUUUCCAUUUUUGGGUGACCUUUCCCUUUAAGUAAUGCUCAAUAACAUCAUGUCUAAGAUGAUCAUUUAGAUGCUGCUGUUAUUGAUCACACAGUAUAUUCAUCAUAAACGGUGAACUCAGGAGAUCUUUGAAUUUAAAAUGUCAAACGAUACAAAGGUGUGCAUAUUCAUAUUACUUGCUUUUAAAGGUCAGUAUGCAAAUAGCACAAACUAGCUUAACACUGCCAAUCUCUAGAAUGGGACUUAACUGGUCAAAGAUUUCAUCUCCCCCUGACCAGCAUCUUUUAUCCAAAGAAACUAUAUGGAAGAUGAGAGUUAUAUUCCACUGCAGUCAAGCAAAUCAAACCAAAUUGUCAACAAUGAUGAUGCCAUCAGACACAAAUCUGCAGAUAUGUAUAUAUACUUGAUUCAUUCUUAUGAGGCUUUCUGAAUCAACAGGUUGUUUUUUACACUGAUGUGAGACCAAUUUUGUGGUUUCUUUAAUGAUACAUUAGAUUCAGAAACUAACUUUUUGUUUUAAGCUGAUUUUGAAGAGUAGAAAAGGGCGGCAGAAUAGAUGGAUUUGAUACACAUACACCAGAUCUUGGCUUCUCAGAGGCACUGCCCCAGACUCAAGCACAGUAUUAUACAUUUCUUCUUUUUUUAUUUUUUGAUGUUUUUUUGUACAUUUGAUAUUUGCACUAAUCAUUUUUUUAAAAGUGUUCUAUUUGUGUCUUUGUUUGUUACACAUUUUUUAAAAUUGUAUACAAUUUAUUGGAAAUACUACUCCAACAAUAUUAUAAUGUUAUUAUAUUACAACAUUAAAACAAAAAUUUUUUGGAAACAUUUUUACCGGUUUUAGAUUCAAACUGAAUUACUUUUUCACAAACAACCUUAAAUAUUUUUUUAUAAAAUCUUUAAUUUUAUUUUCAUUACGUUAUAGUUACAUUAUAACUUUAAAUGAAAAUUUGAAUUUAAAGUAAUUUUUAUACAAUUUUAAGAAUUGUAUAAUGGUUUGGUUUAGGAUUUAUUCUGACUAAAUUUGGUGGGAGUAAGAUUGACUUUGUUACAUUAUCAAACAGUUGCAUGUGUUGAAAAUAAUUUGGUUUACCAUAAUGCUUUAAACCAUCUAAUUAUGGUGCAGUUUAUGUGCCAUUGAAAUGAUAAACAUUACUGUCUGCCAGCCUUUGGAGUAUAUAAAAGACUGAUGUCCAAACUUGUUUAAGUUAACUUUGACAAUAUGUUGUGUCAUUCAACUUGUAUGUAUAUACUUUGCAUGCUCACAGUUUCCAAUCACGAUUGUCUGUUUGUGGUUUUCAGUUUAAACUGGCUUGUUUCUUUCAUAUGGACUUAAAGGCCUUUAAAGGUGGCGUGUGUACAUUUUAGCGGCAUCUAGUGGUGAGAUAGCGAUUUCCAACCAAUCUGAAACAACAUAGUGACUAAACACGCUUUGUAAAACAGUUUGUCCAGUUAGGACUACUUUAGAAACAUGACGACGACUUCCAUGUAAAGAGACCUGCGGUGUAUGUAGAUAAAAACGGCUCAUUCUAAGGUAAUAAAAACAAUAUAGUUCAUUGUGUAAGGUCUUUAUACACCAUUGAUAAUAUAGUUUUGUAUAUUGUAUUGCAUUUGUGUCAAGAGGUCCUUUAAAAAGUUACACAAUGUAACUUUAAGUACCUCUGCUGACCUCAGGUUUGGACACAUUGUUCAAAGAUCUCAUCUAAAUUUUGCUGUCUCAUUGGUCUGUACCCAAAAGUGUGACGGGUACACAAAAGUGUGUUCUAUCAACAUAUAAACAUUCAUUCAUAGAAAGCACACAUUUAAAGUGCCUUCAAAGCCAGUAUUUUGCCUUAAAAUGGUGAACAUGUGUUUAGUUUUAGUUGUAUACGUCAAAUGUUGUCUAUAACAUCUCUGUCACUUGUGAUUUUGAUACACUUUUUGUAUUAAAUAAAUACUACCUGCACAGAUAA